AUGCCACCAGAGGAACACCAACAGACCACACCGGCCAAAAGGGCCAUCAAAAAGAUUCGAACGGCCAGCCUCGUCAUCAGCUUGGCACGGGGGUGGCAGCAGUGGGCAUCUGAGCACCAUACCAAACAAGCCCAGGAGCCCAGUGGAUGGGUACCCGGUGAGGAGAAGCCCCUGAGCAUUCCCUCAAGAGAGUGGAUAUGUUCUAAACAAACUACUCACUCCAGGGGAGACCAAUUGAUGGACAAUGCAUUGUCUCCAUUAGAAGAGCAGGUGCGAAAACAGAGUGGAGAACAACCCCCCAAUGAAUCAAAUGAGGCUCUCCAGAAACUUAACAUUAGAAGUAAAGAAGUGACCAAAACCAUAGUAAGUAAAAUCUAUGAAAGAGGAAGCGGUGUUAGUCUCCUCAGCGACAAGUAUGAAAAAGACAAUGGAUGUACUGAGACAGACAAGAGUACUGAAGACUCCAGAGACAUUGAUAAACUCCUUCAUUCCAAAAUGUCCCCAACAAGAAGGAGAAAGUGCUCUAACCUGGUCUCAGAGCUGACUAAGGGAUGGAAGCAGAUAGAACAGGAAGAUAAGGGUCAGGGACUUGGACUACAGAAUUAUCACAGUGACAGCUUGGAUACUGAUGACAGUGGCUAUUGGGGCGACACAGAUGAAAGACUGGAUGCAGACAACAGUGCUCAAGAAAUAUGGAGUGCUGUAAGGAUAAAACGGCCUUCAUCAUUGCUCGUAAAUAUGUUUUUCUCCAGCAGAAACAUCCAGACGCCUAAGAAAUAUAGUCCUGUUUGCAAUCUGAGAGGGCGAUGGGAAGAAUGGGCCAAUGAGCACAUCACGAUGCAAAAGCUCAAUCCUUUCAGCGAGGAGUUUGAUUAUGAAAUGGCCAUGGCAACACGCCUGCACAAAGGAGAUGAAGGCUACGGCCGUCCCAAAGAGGGGACGAAAACGGCAGAACGGGCCAAGAGAGCAGAGGUCCAUAUAUACCGGGAGAUGAAGGACAUGUGCUUUAUCAUCAGAACAAUGGCUAAGCACCGCCCAGAUGGCAAGAUCCAAGUCACUUUUGGUGAACUCUUCGACAGAUAUGUGCGCAUUUCCGAUAAAGUGGUUGGAAUACUCAUGAGAGCCAGGAAGCAUGGCAUGUUGGAUUUUGAAGGAGAAAUGUUGUGGCAAGGCCGGGAUGAUCAUGUGGUAAUAACUUUGUUGGACUAA